AUGAAGUCAGGCAGCAUCUUCCUCUCCCUGGGGCUCCUGGUCCUCUGGGCUGAGCUGCUCCCUGCGGCUGGGGGUAAGUACCUUUGUAAACUCCCUGCUGACCCCGGGUCCUGUUAUGCCAUGAUCCCUCGCUGGUUCUACAACUGGCAGGCCAAGAAGUGUGAGCAAUUCACCUAUGGAGGUUGUGAUGGGAACAAGAACAACUUUGCGACCCAAACAGAAUGUCUCGGGAAGUGUGACGGGCACGAUAUCUGCAGCCUCCCCAUUGAAGUGGGCCCCUGUACUGCUGCCAUUCCUCGCUGGGGCUACAACUGGCACUCUAAGAAGUGUGAAGAAUUCUCUUAUGGUGGCUGCAAUGGGAACAAGAACAACUUUGAGACUAAAGUCGAUUGUCUCCAGGCCUGUGCAGGCCAGGAGCUGGACGAGUCUCAGUUCCUCUCUGCCUGCAGCUCUAGCAGUGAAAGUGACUAG